UGUAUUGCCUAAAAUAUCGCGAGAGUUACGAAGUCCCAGAAGAGAGAAGACAGGAGUAGGCUAUGCUUCUCCUUCCGCAUUUUCCCGGAUUCUUCCUCAGUGUUCUCUUUUUACCGUGUAUUCUUUCGCACGUUUCUGCCCUCCCCUCUCCCAUCCAACUGAAAGGGUGGAAAUAAAAUUACUUUCCAACAAACGCUAGUGUAGCUAGUAGUAAGCUGCUUCGUCCACAUGCAUUGGAGUCCUGGGCCCCGGCGUACCGGCUCCAGCCAUGUCGGCGAGGAAUGCAGUGGUGAGCGACGGUGACAGAGCAUCAGAAAAACAGUCAGUUAAGCACAAGAAUGGGCUGCUGUAGUGCUCUUCGGAUGGUGCGAGGUCUUGACCACACCAGGGAGGAAAUCUGCACUGUCUUGUAAGGACACUGUCCUGUAAAGACACUGUCGUAUUCACCUGGAACUGAUGGCUUGAAAGAGACCAUCACAAGGGGAUGUGCUGGGGGAGGAACUCCAGAGCAAUUCUCUCUCCAUGUCGGGCCUGAUGACCCCUAGCUCUGCUGCUGCUAUGGCCUCUGGCGUCGACAUGCCCAGGAAGCGCAAGGGCAGCAUGGACAACCAGGAAACUAAAUCUGCAAUGCAUGUGGACGAGGACACGGAGGAGGACCAAGACAGGUCGGAGGGGGACGACCAGCAUGCCAAGAUCAAGUGCUUCAGGGAGCCGCACAGUCAGAUCGAGAAGCGUCGGAGGGACAAGAUGAACAACCUGAUAGACGAGCUGUCGGGCAUGAUCCCCUCCUGCAACCCCAUGGCGCGCAAGCUGGACAAGCUGACCGUGCUGCGUCUGGCCGUCCAGCACCUCAAAUCUCUCAAAGGUACCACUAGUUCCUUUGCGGAAGCCAAUUACAAGCCUUCAUUCUUGCCUGAUGACGAGCUCAAGCACCUUGUUCUCAGGGCUGCUGACGGCUUCCUCUUCGUGGUCGGCUGUGACCGUGGAAAAAUAGUCUUUGUCUCCGAGUCUGUUUCAAAGACCCUGAAUUACAGUCGGGCGGAGUUGAUUGGACAGAGUCUGUUUGACUACAUUCACCCAAAGGACAUUGGGAAGGUGAAGGAGCAGCUGUCCGCCUCUGAGCUGUACCCUCGCGAGAGACUCAUCGAUGCCAAAACGGGGCUGCAGGUGCAGGCGGACCUACCUGUGGGGGCGGCGCGCUUCUGCUCAGGGGCGCGGCGCUCCUUCUUCUGCAGGAUGAAGUACAACCGCAUCACGGUCAAGGUGGAGGAGAAGGACUUCCCCUCCGGCUCCUCCAAAAAGAAAGAAUCCCAGAGAUACUGCACCGUCCACUGCACGGGCUACAUGCGCACGUGGCCCAUGAGCCAGCUGGAGCUGGAGGAGCCGGAGGUGGACAAAGAGAGCUCCCAUUUCAGCUGCCUGGUGGCGGUGGGCCGCGUGCACCCCCACUCCACGCCGCAGCUCAACGGCGAGGUCAAGGUCAAGCCCACCGAGUUCAUCACGCGCUGCGCCAUGGACGGCAAGUUCACCUACGUGGAUCAACGAGCUACCACUGUUCUGGGCUAUCUUCCUCAGGAGCUACUGGGAACAUCAUGCUAUGAGUACUUCCAUCAAGAUGACCUGCCCCACUUGGCGGAGAGGCAUCGAAAAGUUCUAAGGACUAAAGAGAAGAUUGAGACAAAUUGCUACAAGUUCAAAACAAAAUAUGGCUCUUUUGUCACCUUACAAAGUCAGUGGUUUAGUUUUAUAAAUCCCUGGACCAAAGAAGUAGAGUACAUCGUAUCUACAAAUACUGUCAUAUCUGGGAAGAGCAGUGCCAGUGGGUCAGGGGACCGGUCUGGACAGCCAACCAACUCCAGGACCUCUGAGGAUGACUCUAAGAAGACUCUGCCCAUCAUCCCAGGCAUCUGCACCACUCCAGGGACCAUGAUCUAUGCCGGGAGCAUCGGGACCCAGAUCGCCAACGAGCUGCUAGACUUCAACAGGAUGAACUCCUCGCCGUCCAGUGGGAACGCAAGCCCUUUCAGUAUGCUGCAGGAUAAAUCCCCACUGGCCAGUAGUCAAGCCAGCAGCAACAUGCAGAAUGGCGAGGUGGCAGACAUGGAGGUCGCAGGCAAGUCCAGCACUGAGGACGAGACGAGAAACGCGCCGUUCAGUGGCGACUCGCUCAUGGAGGGCAACCCCCAGCUGGAUUUGGAUGGGGUCGGGGUGGCGGGCCUCGGGAGCCUGAGCAGCGACGAGGCGGCCAUGGCGGUCAUCAUGAGCCUGCUGGAGACGGACGCCAACCUGGGCGAGGCCAUGGACUUCGACGACAUGCACUGGUCCCUGUGACGUCCUGCCACCAAGCUCCAUUUUUCAAAAAACAAAAAACAAACAAACAAAAAAAAAACAAUCGUUCUUUUUCACUUUUUAAGGAAAGACUUAAACUCCCCAUUCACAAAGCAUCAGGUGUCCCCCUGAAUAUUCUCUAUUUGUUGUGUUUUUUUACAUACAGUAUAUAUAUAAAUAUAUAUAUAUAUAUAUCUACGCAUAAUUUAUUGGGUUUUUAAUUUCCCUUCUGGACAAACUGCCCCACUGUGGUGACCAGAGACUGAAGCCCAGUGAUAUCCCCCCCAUGGCUGUGGUGGUAGUCCUGCUUCUGGGACACAGAGUGGUGAUGAACUUGUUACCGCUUGGACUUCCUGCCUGGAUCAGGAGGCAUGGGACAUAAGGCAGUGCCUGAUGGGAUACUGGAGGACCUUACGCUACCCGCCUUUACCAGACUGUUUAGCAGUACUCUCUGCUUGAUGUCAGAGGUUGUUCAGCUGGUUCCUAAAGAGACAUUGAGUUUCGGUUUUCCUCUGGUAAGAGGAGUAGUCUACACUUGAAGCAUGGAUGUGAUCAAGCGAAAAUGCGCUGAAUGGUAUACUAUUUUGGAAGGUUCCUACUUCCUUAAGGGACAGCAAGGGAAUAUUGUGUGUUUAUUGCAACUUAAAGUGCAAGGGGCAACUGUUUGUGUGUAUGUUUGCGUGUGUGUGUGUGUGUGUGUGUGUGUGUGUGUGUGUGUGUCGUAAUGACAGAAUUUGUGGCCAUAGAGAUUGGAGCGACUGCAUUCAUUUCUGUUAUCAAGUAUUUGAACCAUACAGGAUCUGUUCACAUUUUAUUAAGGAACAUUUAUAAAUGUAGAUAAUAUAUCAAUGCUGUGAUUUCAAUAUGGCCCUUAAACAAAAUGAGUACAGACCAAACGCCGAUGCAAAUAUUAAUAUACAGUAGUAUAUGACAACAUUUCUCUUACCUCCACCCACUAUUCAAAGGAAUGAAUGAUUUGAAUGAAUGAAGGAAUGAAUGCGUUUAUAACUGCCCCCGUAUUUCUGUCCACUACACUUGAAUUUAGUUUGAUGGUAAACUCGGUCCAGGGCCUUCCCCUAAUGCCACAGACACCUCGCCUGCCCUCCAGCCACGCCGCUGGUCCCCAGCCAGAGAGGACAACCCCCCGAGCACUGGCCGCAGCAGAGACCCGCGAGGACGAGGACGCUAGCUACAGUACGCUGUCGAAGAACAAUCAACGGAGGACAUGUUUUUAGCUUUCUUUCUGACACAGUCAUUCCAGCUGAGGUCACUUCUCAGGGAGCAAUGCAGUGGGGGAACCCCCCCGAGACCCCUAUACCUCCAGGCAUACACCCCCCCCCCCCCCCCCCCUCCCCAAACACACACGAGGUCGGACACUUGCGCUAAACCACACCUGUCAGCCAUGUGGGCGUCCCGCUGCUUAUGCUACGUGUUGCGUCGUCACCCGCUUACAUCUCUGCUGCUGCUGCUGGUGAGCUCGUCAUCAGUGAUGGAUGAGGAAGGAACAAACGGAUGUCUGCUUUUGGUCCCGUGAGAAGGCUGUUCAGCUGCUGGGGUGAUGACUGCUAAUCACCCCUCUGCUCCCCCCCACCCCCACCCCCACCCCCACCCCUACCAUACGUAUCUUCUUAUGCACUGAGGGAUUGGGCUCCGUGAGCAGGCUAAUGUGAUGGGGGUGGUCCACGGUGGAGACGGCCAAGGCAAAGCUAUGCAGUUUAUAUUCCUUAGUAGCUCAGAAACUGUCUCUGUUUUCCAUGCUUGCCCUUUUGGUCCCCGGCACUAGAGCAGAAGACGUAUUUUACAGAGGCGUUAAGAGUGCUGAAAACACUCGGCCACAUGACUCUCUUUUUAUACCUUUUUCUGUGUGAAUUGCGAAAUGUAUUAUGUGAACAAUGAAUAUUAGGACACUGUCAAAAACGUUUUUUUCCCCACGGUAAAACAAUAUUCCAUUGGAAGAUUAAGGAAUCUCCAUGUGGACUGAGUUCAGAGCGGGGAAUGUCUGGACUGCGUAUGUGAUCAUUGUUGUGCUAAGGGACAAACCAAAGGUACUGUACUGUACGCGAGGGCAUUUCACAAAGUCACAUACAGUGCACCUCGAGUUUCCAUGCCCUCCACAAUGACUAGUUUUAAACUAAGUUGUUGGACAACCGUAUAAAUGACAGCGGGAGUUGGUCGUGUCUGGACCCACAUGCGUGUAGCGUGCUUGGGUUGAGAACUUAAUGCAAAGAAGGAACAAACUAGACCCACCCUGAACCUUGCUGUGUGACUCUGGCAUGCCUAGUGGUAUUUCUGCACAAACACAAGCGCUGUCCACCAAUUUUUUGCGACUGCUUACUGAGGUCACAGGAGACCAGGUGAAGGCCUGACCACACAACCCCCCCACCACCCAAAAUGGAGACCCCGACUGAAUGGGAGGACUGUAUGAUAUUGGCUGCCUGGCAGUAGACAGGGCUCAACAGGCAGAGCUGUGUGAGACCUCAGAGGUCGUCGUCACAAAGGUCACUCACGCAUCAGGUCCUGGUGGGGGCUGGGGCUUGACCAGAAGGCUCCCACAGCCUUAACCCCAGCGACGGCUCACCACCCAAGACAAUAAAGCACUGACUUGUGAUGCAUGUGCCAUAAAAACAGGCUGGUCCUACACAAGGCAAAAAGAAGUGACAGGAUUUGUUUUUAUUCGGGUCUUUAAAAAAUAUAUUAUACAUUUUUCAUUUUGUUAUUGUUUAGUUUUUUUUUAAUCACUGUACUGUACAUUUUGAUGCUUUGUAUGUAUGUGUGUUUAGUGUGUGUGUGUGUGUGUGUGUGUGUGGCUUUUUCCCAGAAUAAUUCUUGAGUCUGACCACCGAUGACUGUUUCCAGUAUGUGUGCAUCUACUGCUCCAUAGGCCUCCAGUCAGGGACACCAUGCAGACAUUGAGUACUGUACUGUAAAUGGGUUAGACAUGCAGACCUGGCCAUAGUUACCCGUCAGCUGUAAUGUCCAGCAUAGUUAUUUAGUCCCCUCCCGUUUCUGUUCUUUUAGCUUUCUUUUCCCUGCAAUCAGCAUGCCGCCUUCCGUACAUCCUUGCUUUUGUAGAUUUUUUUUUUCCAAAAAGGUCUUGGUUUUUACUUUCAACAUCUGUUGGGUCAUAGGAUAAAAGUUUGUUUGCCUUAUGGAACAUGCUGGGCUUUUCUUACAUAUGUGUGUGUGUCUGUGUGUGCGUGUGCGUGUGUGUGUGUGUUUAGUGCAGGAUGUUUUGGAUCUGCAGUAGUGGCUUGUUAUGUCGCGGUGGUCGAGCACUCGGUGGCUAGUAGCUCGGAGCAUUUCACUGGGAUCUUCGCAUCAGUGACUUUAAUAUUUCUUUGCUCCUGGAAUUUCUUGAGAACUUGGCGGGAAAGUCUCGACUGGUCAUAGCUCGGCCUGCCACGGACUGCAGUUGUCGCACACAGGAUGGCUAGAUGGACAUCUUGUCUUGUGUAACAAGACACACAAGGGGCCCACCUAAUGCCAAUGGUAAUUCCUUACCUUUUUGUGUAUUUGUUUUAAUGUCAUUUUUGUUGUUGUCGUUGUUGUUGUUGUUGCUGGGUUUACUAUGAAGCGCCAUUGCUGCUGCUGUCAACACAGCUGAUCUGGUGGCACAGGGCCCAUGUCUCUCCAAGCUGUCAUGUACAAAGAUUCUUAAAUAAACAUUAGUUU